AUGUACGCGGAGGAAUUUCCCGCGGGAUCCCGGCGAGUGAAACGCGAUUUUUACGUUGAUGACCUGCUAACGAGAGCGGACACAAUCGAGGAAGCAUUAGCGUUGAAAAACCAGAUCGUAAAGAUUCUGAACCGCGGCGGAUUUCAACUGAGCAAGUGGCAUUCAAACGAAUCAGUAUUGAUAAAUGAUAUGUAUGAUAAACAUAACGCCGAGGUUCAAAUUAAUAGAGACGCGACGUCACGCAUCCUCGGAAUUCUUUGGAAUCCGUCGAUGGAUGCCUUUCGGUUCGCGAUUGAAUUGCCGACUGACUCACACAAGAUAACGAAGCGCGUAAUAUUGUCGGAGAUAUCAAGAUUAUUUGAUCCGUUGGGAUUAAUCGGUCCGGUUAUUAUCAUACCAAAAAUGCUGUUACAGGAGAUUUGGCAAUUAAAAAUACAGUGGGAUGAAUCGAUUCCGCUGGAUAUGCAUGCAAGGUGGUCCGCGUUUAAGAGACAAUUAAGAGAAUUAAAUGAUUUAAGCGUUCCGAGGUUUAUAGGGGGAAAUCAAGAGGGGGCUUGCGUUCAGAUACACGGGUUUUGUGACGCCAGCCAGCGGGCGUAUGGCGCGUGUUUGUAUAUUCGAAGACAAGUAGAUGAGAACGAAGUGCAGAUUGAUCUGUUGUGCUCUAAAACAAGAGUAGCCCCACUCAGAGUGAUUUCGAUUCCGCGACUCGAGCUUUGCGCGGCAUUAUUGCUGGCACAAUUGUUGGACAAAGUGCGUUCAUCUAUUGACAUAAAGGACGUGCGGUAUACUUUGUGGUCGGAUUCCACGAUCGCGCUGAGAUGGAUUUCGUCGUGCUCGAGAAAAUGGUCGGUUUUUGUGUCAAAUCGCGUUGGAGAAAUACAGCGGUUAACUUCCGGUUUGGAUUGGCGGCACGUGCCGACAACCGAAAAUCCUGCGGAUUUGCUAUCUCGGGGCGUCCACCCGCAUGACAUCGGGAAUGCCGCGCUAUGGUGGCGAGGUCCCGUGUUCUUAAAGAGCAGCGAGGAGUCGUGGCCAAGCGUUGGCGAAUAUGUCCCGGAGUCCGAGAUGCCGGAGAGGCGGCGGAUAGUUGCUGCUGUCGCUGGCGUGGUGGCACCGAACCCUUUUUCGGAGCUUAUAGUUAGAUGUUCGAGUCUAGAUAAAUUGUGCCGAAUUGUUGUAUAUUGCAGGCGAUUUAUUGGACCGCGUCUGCGAUCCGAGGGAGACGUGGGCGUUCACGUCUCGCACGUGGAAAUCUCGGCCGCAUUGGAAAACAUUUGCAAGUUGGUGCAAGGGGAAGUUUUUUCACACGAGUUCGGGCAAUUAAAGAAGGGAAACGCUCUCACUUCCGCUAGCUCAUUAAAAUCAUUAUCGCCGUUCUUGGAUAAACAGGGUCUGAUUCGCGUCGGUGGGAGGCUCGAAAAAUCACAAUUAGGGUACGAUGCCCGCCACCCAAUUUUGCUCCCAAAGAAUCAUCGGCUCACUCAGCUCGUAAUAAAGAAAGAACAUACACGCAAUUUGCACGCUGGAUUACAGGGCACUAUGGCUGCGGUGCGACAAAAAUUUUGGCUUCUCUCGGUUUGCUCGACCACACGAAAGGUUAUUAGACAGUGCCUCGUUUGUUUUAGAUGCAGGCCGGCGAUAUCGGAAGCGAAAAUGGCGGUGUUACCUGCGCCCCGUGUGACACCUUCGCGGCCGUUCUCUAAUUGCGGCAUCGAUUACGCGGGGCCUCUCAUUAUAAAAGAAGGCAAGCGGCGAAAUGCUCGAAAUAGUAAGGCUUAUGUUUGUAUAUUUGUGUGCUUCGCUACGAAAGCAGUACACAUUGAAGUAGUCAGUGACUUGACGACGGACGCUUUUCUAGCGGCCUUAAAGCGUUUCAUUUCUCAGCGGGGGUGCCCGACUUCUAUAUUUUCCGAUAAUGGAACUAAUUUUAAGGGGGCCUCGCGCCAAUUGGCACAGUUGUACGCGUUUCGUGGCGCGUCAUCAACCAAAGAAAAAAUAGAACAGUUUUGUCGCGACUCCAGAAUAUCAUGGCGUUUUAUUCCACCUGGAGCGCCGCACUUUGGCGGGCUCUGGGAGUCCGCGGUAAAAUCUGCGAAAUAUCACCUACAGCGUGUUGCGGGCGACUCACACCUGACUUUCGAGGAGUUGCAGACAACGUUGUGCAAAAUAGAGGCUGUAUUAAAUUCGCGUCCGUUGACGCCGCUGAGCUCUGAUCCUAAUGAUUUAGCCUAUCUUACGCCGGGGCAUUUUCUGGUUGGCGAGGUAUUGAGUGAUUUUCCAUGCCAUGACCUUACUGAUAUUAAGGAAGGUCGAUUGAUGCGAUGGCAGAGAGUCGAGCAGCUCCGCCAGCAUUUUUGGAGUCGUUGGAGCCGCGAAUACUUAAAUCAAUUGCAGCAGCGGCAGAAAUGGACUAGCAACAAGGGAGAGCAGAUGGGCGUUGGCAAGAUGGUGCUAGUCAUGCAACCGGGCCUUCCGCCUCUGCAGUGGGCGCUUGGCCGCGUGAAGGAAAUUCAUCCUGGAACUGAUGGCAUCGCCCGUACAGCCACAAUAAUCACGGCCAAAGGAUCAUUUGUCAGGCCUCUUUCAAAAUUAUCAAUUUUGCCUCUAGAAGAUUAG